AUGAAAUUCGGAGCUGUAUUUGUGUUUGAUAUGGGCGAAGGAGUUGUAGUAGUUGUUGUGGUUGUAGUAGAUGUAGUAGUAGUUGUUGUUGUGGUAGUGGUAGUGGUAGUGGUUGUCGUAGACACUGUACUUGUACUUGAAGUCGUUUCAGUUUCUGCUAAAACUUAUAGUUAUAUUGUGUAAGUUCCACUAAACAAUCCCCCUAUUUAAGCAGUUAUAAUUAAAUAAUGUGAUCCUAUAUAACCUGUAUUAGUUGAUGAAACCUAUAAUUAGGCUCCCUAGCCAGCACCAAGUUGGAUGAAUUAAAUUAAAUCUGAAGGUAAUGGAUCACCAUUUGAUAGUGUAACAGAAUAAAUCCAAGAUUCUAAUGGAUAGAGUCUAAUCCAACUGGUGGACUAAUUGUGCCUUGAUUAUAUUAAUAUGAUAAGCAGUCGCUUGCUUGCUGAGCUUGUUUAAGUAAAAACUACUGCAGUUAAACUAGUUAUAUAGGUAUUCAAGGCAAAUAUUGUUAUUUAAGUUAAUGGUAGCGUUAUUGUAGUUUAUACUAUAGAAAUGCAAUUUGAAUGUGGGUAUAUGUUUAAAAAUGCUGUCUUCUAGGUGUAAGAAAUGGUGUUAAUCUUCUAUGUUGAUCCUAUGUAGAAUAAAGAAUUUGAACUAGUAUCUGUGAUCAAUGCUACCAAAGUAAAAAGGUAAAGAAAUGCAAGGUCAAAUUUUGAGGAACCAAGAUUUUCAGCACAACUGAAUAUAUUUUAGGUUAGUCCAUUAUCAGCGUAUCCAAUUCUAGUGAUUUUUUUAUCAAUUGAAGUCCCCGAUGGAUUAGUUACUUAGAGUGUAAAAGCUGACUAUCCAUUGGAUAAACUUAUUUAAGAUAUUGCAAUAUUGCUAUUAAUUCUCCCUCCAAGGAAUAUGCUAGCUAAACUAUCAUCAAAUAAUGACGCUGAUUUGAAGAUUGUUUUGCCAGAUAAAGAGGCUAAAAUUGCUGAAGGAUUCUAACUCACUAAGUCAUUAGAUUCAGAUCUACCUCCGACUAAAAUCUUACCAUUGCUUGAGUCAUAAGAAAUGCAUUAAAAUUAAGUCAAUCCAUUAAGACCUCCAAGAAUUUGA